CCCGCCUCGGUGACAUCAGCCGGGCUGGCCGCGGGCCUGGCGGGGCUCAGGCGGGGCUCGGGCGGCCACUCAGCCUCCAGCAGGCUUCGGCGGGCAGGCGGGCUUCUCACGACGGCGGCUGCUCGGCUUCAGGGGCGCCCGGCUGGCGGUGAGACACGUGAGCCGUGCGGCGGUUGGCGGAGAAAUGAGGGGAGGCUGCUGACGUGCCACCAUAGAAGCCACUCGAGCGAGGAGGAGGAGCAAGUUCCAACAUGGCCGCCCAUCGGAUCAGAGCCUCGGCCAAUAACAACGCUUCGCUCCCUCGCUGCAAGUCCGAGGGGACGCUCAUUGACCUCAGCGAGGGGGUGUCCGAGUCCAGUCUGAUUGAUGUCAAAGUGCCUUCUCCCAGUGCCUUACGUCUGGAUGCCACCGCCUCCUUCGGCACCGCCAGGGAGGUGGUUGCUAUCAAGGACUACUGUCCGUCCAGCUUCACCACCCUGAAGUUCUCCAAAGGGGACCGCCUCUACGUUCUGGACACGUCGGGAGGCGAGUGGUGGUACGCCCACAACAACACGGAGAUGGGCUACAUCCCGGCCGCGUACGUGGAGCCCAUCAACUUCAGAGACUCGUCCUUCAGCGACAGCGGGAUGAUCGACGGCAAAGAGGAGGCGGCCACAGAAAUGGACCUUCUAGGAGAGUGGGCCGGCGUGAUUCUGAAGCCGACCACCUUUCAUAAUGGAAAUCCUUUCAACACAACACACACCUCGACCAACCCUUUCCUUCACGCGGGUCCUCGGGGCUCCUUGGACCAGAACAGCAAUCAGAAAGCAGUUGACCUUCUUCUCUUCGACACUCCAUCAGCGCCAGAGUCCGCGAGCUGCAUCAAUGGAUUUGGCAGCAGCGUCUUUAACCCUCUAAGUCCCACAGUUGGGACGGGGCAAUCCCUGCGAAGAGACAACCCCUUCUUUAGAAGCAAGCGGUCCUACAGUCUGUCGGACAUGUCCAUCCUGCAGGCGCAGUCAGACAGCCCUCAAAUGUCCAGCAGUUUCUUCAGCAACCUGAAAGCGCCGGCGCCAGAGCAGUUCCAGAGUAGGGAGGACUUCCGGGCUGCUUGGCUUACUCACCGCAAGCUAGCCAGGUCCUGCCACGACUUGGACUCACUGGGUCAAAACCCGGGCUGGGGUCAAACCCAACCGGUGGAGACCAACAUUGUCUGCCGUUUGGACAGUUCAGGAGGUGCGGUUCAGCUUCCGGACACUAACAUCAGUGUCCACAUCCCUGAGGGCCACGUAGCGGAGGGCGACACCCAGCAGAUCUCCAUCAAAGCGCUGCUUGACCCGCCGCUGGAGCUGAACAACGACCGCUGCAGCACUUCCAGCCCCGUGGUGGAGCUCAAGCUCAGCAACAUGGAGACCAAAACUGCCAUCACCGUGGAGAUGAAAGUAUCUGUUGCAGUCAAAGCUGAGAACAAGGAGACCACAGACAUCCUGUGUGUCAGGAGCGACUGUAAAGAGGGGCCCUACAGGUGCAUUCCACACACUUACCUGUACGGGGAUACAGUCCAAGUGUCCCUGGACAACCUGGAGCCGUGCAUGUACGUGUGUGUGGUAGCACAAUCUCAGACCACCUCUCCAGACUCCACAGUGUGGGAUCACGUUGUCAAAAAAAUGACUCUAGGCGUGUAUGGCCCCAAACACAUCCACCCCUCUUUCAAAACAGUCGUCGCCAUGUUCGGUCACGAUUGUGCUCCAAAGUCUCUGUUAGUGAGCGAGGUGGGAAAGCAGGCCAAGGCGGCACCACCUGUGGCGCUCCAGCUGUGGGGGAAGCACCAGUUUGUCCUGUCCAGAACGCAGGACCUGCGCGUGGGGGUGUACUCCAACAUGGCCAACUACCAAGUGAAAGCCAGCGAGCAGGCCAGGGUGGUGCGUGGCUUCCAGAUCAAACUGGGCAAAGUAAGCCGGCUGGUCUUUCUUAUCACCUCACGCAACGAGGCAGAUGUUUCCGACUUCACCUUGAGGAUCCAGGUCAAAGACCACCUGGAUGUCAUCCUGGCGCAGUUUUGUGUGCAGACCCCGCCGCCACCGCCCAAAACGGGGCCAAAGACGUCCAUGCAGCGUCGCUUCCUCAAAAAGAAGGAGGUGGGCAAGAUCGUCUUGUCCCCGCUGGCUGUGGCCACCAAGUACCCGGUGUUCCAGGACAGGAGAAUAAACAACCUGAAGUUUGGAAAGCUGAUCAAGACGGUCAUCAGACAGACCAAGAACAGCUACCUGCUGGAGUACAAGAAAGGAGACUUUGUCGCUCUGCUAAGUGAGGAGAAGAUCAAGCUGAAGGGCCAAUUGUGGACCAAAGAAUGGUACAUUGGAUACUACCAGGGCCGGGUGGGACUGAUCCACACAAAGAACGUGCUGGUGGUCGGCAAAGUCAAGCCCAUUUACUUCACCGGGCCGGAGCUGACUACGUCCUUGUUGCUGGAGCAGGUACUGAGGCCCUGCAAGUUCUUAACCUACAUCUACGCCUCCGUCAGGACCAUCCUCAUGGAGAACAUCGGCAACUGGCGAGCGUUCGCCGACGCCCUCGGGUACGAGAACCUACCCCUGACGCACUUCUGCCGAGCGGAGCUGGACAGCGAACCUGAGCUGGUGGCGUGUGUACUGGAGACGCUGAAGGAGGACUGCAACAACGCAGACAGCAAGGAACGCAAGUCCUUCCAGAAGGAACUGUUGACGGCGCUCUUGAAGCUGGACUGUCAGGGUCUGGUGGCCCGGCUUGUCAUGGACUUCGUCCUGCUGACCACAGCGGUGGAGGUGGCGGGCCGUUGGCGGGAGCUGGCAGAGAGGCUGGCCAAAGUCUCCCGCCAGCAGAUGGACGCUUACGAGGCGCCGCACCGCGACAGGAACGGCGUGGUGGACAGCGAGGCCAUGUGGAAACCGGCGUACGACUUCCUGGUCACGUGGGCGGCGCAGAUCGGCGACAGUUACCGCGACGUGAUCCAGGACCUUCACCUGGGCCUGGACAAGAUGAAGAGUCCCAUCACCAAACGCUGGAAGCACCUGACCGGGACGCUCAUCCUGGUCAACUGCCUGGACGCCCUGCGGAGCUCCGCCUUCAGCCCCGCCGCCCAGGACGACUUUGCCAUCUGAGCUAGCCUGACUCCGCCCCCUAAAAACACCACCAGCCUGUGCCUCCUGGUGCCCGUACACCGCCAGUAGUAUUCGCCUUUUCUAGUCAUCCCGCAGUGUGGUGUAUUUUCUAUGUCCUGGCGGCACACCUUCUUGGUUCCAAACUGUGGGCAGAGACACGUGAGUUCAACUGAGUCUUCUAUUUAUUGACUUCCUGUGCUAAUUUAUUCUUUCUGUGAGCUAUCAGGGGGACCCUAAAGUCUGGACAUAUAAUACAUACAUUCAUCCAAGAAAUGUACCUUUUUUUAAAUUAAUUAAUACAUAAAUCCUUACCAUUAUAAAUAAUGUAUUAUAUAUAUUUACUUAAUGUUUUUAUCAUUUUACCAGCUUAGGUCUUUCCUGUUUAAGUUGUUGCACUUAUGAGUGCCUGUUUAAGUUGACAUUUCUAUGAAAAAUGGUCCGUUAUUAUUAUUAUUAUUAUUAUUAUCAUCAUUAAUAUAAGCAACAUAACUACUGUCUACUUACAACGCAUUAAAACUUCCUGUUUAAUGCAAUGUAAGCUUCAAAAUAAAAGCAUGGCAGUGUUAACUUGGAUUCUACCACAGCAACCAACAAAAUGCACACUUUUUGUUAAUGUAAUUAACCACCAGAAUAAGAAUUCAUUUUAUAACAAAGGAUUUAAUUAGAAAUAUUCAUACUGUAUUUUCCGGACUAUAGAGUGAAGUGAUUUAUAUUUAUGUAGCGCUUUUUUCUAGAGACUCAAAGCGGUUUACCUAGUAAAACCCUUUAUCUACAUGGGCACCGGUAUAUAAUCCGCACCCGCUACAUUUAAAAAACAACAACACAAUGUUUCCAUAUAUUAGCCGCACCAGGAUAUAAACCGCAGAUAUGAGUUAUUUACACAGAAAUAUUCUGUAAAUGUUUAUUUACAUACCUUAAUUGUUUCCAAACGGUGUCUGUAACACGGCAGUAAAACGGCUGAUCAAACAAAACAGAAGUCAUCGUCAUGGACCCACUAGCUACAGAAGCUAACUCUCCAAUCAGCUAAACAGACUGAAUAACUCCACGGUGACAUUUUAGUGAAUUUGUGAAACUGAAACAAUACAAAAAGAACGCCAUUGGAAAUGAAUAAUACUAACACAGGCGCUUGUAAACGUGUUAGCAUACCAGCUAAUGCUAACGACACCAGCUCCAUUACAUUACGAUGGCACGUACAAAUAUGCAUGAAAACACUCCUACAGGCAUCUCACAUGGGACGGUUUAGUAAGUAAGAAUUGUUUUGGUUAUAUUGUAAAACUUACAAACGAAUGUAUAAUCCAUACAAGUAAAAACGCUAUGGACGGCUAGAAGACGGGACGGCACUUGUACUUCCGGUUGAAGGCACUGCAGCACCUGCAGUGAGCAAACUCGUCCAAAAGACGGCGCCAUAGCACAAACAAAAACACACAUUUUGUUGCUUUUUAAAAAAAAAACGUUUUGCAUUACGGCCGUCAGUGAAGAGAAACUCAUAAAUUAGCUGCACCGUUUUAUAGGGAUGAUGUUUGAUAAGAAAUUAUCGAGUUCGAGCUCAUUAUCGAAUCCUCUUAUCGAACCGAUUCCUUAUCGAUUCUCUUAUCGAAUCCAGAUAGGUUGUUGUAUAUGGAAAAAAACACAAUAUUUGGUUUAACAAAAGCUCACUUUUAUUUUAUAAGAAAAAAAUAAAAUAAAGAAAUAAA